AUGGAGAAGAAAAUUUUGAGCAAAGCCACUUCUGAAAAUGAUGAACCUACUCCUGGAUGGAUGUAUCAUCAUAUUGCUUCUACAACAAAGAAAUCACCACAGGCAUGUGAGGAAACAGCAACUUGGCUAAUGAAGAGACUCACACAUAAAAACGUACAAGUGAAGAAGAAGGUUCUUCUCAUCAUAAAAAGCGUAGCACAAUAUGGAGAUCCUGAAUUUGCAAGAAUCAUCGUAAAGAGAAGUGAGGAAAUUAAACAAUAUGCUAAUUUCAGAGGAGAAAAAGAUCCUUUGCAUGGAGAUGCGAUCAAUCAAGCUAUUAGAACAGCAGCAUCACAAGCUAUCGAAGCAAUAUUUGAAAGAAAUGAAAAUGGUGCAAGAGUGAAAGUAGCAGUUGAAUCUAACGGCAACUAUGAUCCACAAUAUAAUAGUCACAUUGGAACAAUGAAACCAAUUGGUAAUGGAGUAUUCGGAGGAGGAAUUGGAAGUACCGACAAUGAUUACACCACAGCUACCGACACGGAACAUAAGCCAGCCUAUGGAGGUGGAUUUGGCCCAAACAGCAUGACUGGAUUUGGUCCAACAGGAGCUGGAUCUCGAACUGAUACACAAAACAGAAUUGGUUCAUAUACCGGUAUUGCCAGCCCUUACGCACAACAAAAACAAUCUCAAUCACAACAAGGAGGCUUCUUAUCAAACUUGUCAAACCUUACCACUUAUAUUCCUUCGUUUGGAAAAGGUACCAAAGAAACUCACGGUUUGAACAGCUCAGACUUUCCAGGGCUUAUUUCUAGCUCUGAAUAUGAUCGUGAUGGUGGACACGGUACUUACACGGGAGUAGUUCUUCCUCCAGGAGGUUCUUCUGGGCUAGGAUCUGGAAGCUCUAUCUCAGGAAGAGGCAAGUGGUUGAAUGAAACACAAACCACUUCGUCUACUCAAAAAGCUGAUACAUCCGGAGAGUAUGAAUCAAAGAUUGUAAAUGAAUUUACCAGCCACGGAGGAGUAAAAAGAGCUGCUCCUAGCAGAAAAGAAAGCUCAGACUUUGCUCAAAAGUGCAGCACUUUGGAUAUUUCGCAAGUGGUGAAAUUGUUGGAUGCAAAGUUGGAUGAUCACGAAUGGGUUACUAGAUUGAAAGCUCUUCACGGUAUUGAAGCACUUCUCAAAACUGGAAACAAAACUGUAAUUGAAUACUUUUCUGAAAAUUGUGAAAAUAUUCUGAAACAAUCCGAAGCAGUCCAAGAAACAAUUAGACAACAAGCCGAAAAAGUCGCCAAAUUAUUGAACUUCAAUGACAAUGAUGACGACGAGUCAAACUAUGGACCUGCUUUGAUUGAAGGUUUUCAAGAAAUGUCUGUAUCAAAUGGAUCUAAGUCACAGAGAAAGCCUGUUUCUUUUGUUUCCGAUCCAUCAACAUCAGAUGCCGACAGCCUUUUAGGAAUUACAACAGCAGUAGCCGAUAAUUCGGACGAUAUCUUUGGAGGGUUUGACAUUUCUUCUGGACAACCUUCAGAACCUGCUAAAACUACAAGCACAUCAACAAGUAGACAACAACCAUCAAAAAAGAGUGUAUCACCUUCUGUUUCCAACAGCAACAACAAGUCUACCAGCACAACUACACCAUCAUCUCCUCUCGAUCUUGACUUUUUACUGAGCUCGGCACCUCCAGCUACUCUAAACCAGACAACGAGCAAGACUUCAAAUCAACAACAAUCAGCUACUGUUCCUCCACCAAUAUUUGCAACCACCUAUCCAUAUGCACAGACCGUUCCACCAACAUAUGCAUAUGGUGUACCAUAUCAAGUUGUCUAUACUACCCAACCAGUUGUUCCACAAGUCGUGCAACCUAUACUUGCCACAAAACCUCCUUUCGGGCACACAUCACCAUUAACCAAGACCAUGCCUCCUCCAAUAUUACCUCAAACAUCACCACAACACAUGUCACCCAGUAGUUUUGGAUUCAUAUCCGAGCCUAGUACCAACACUAACAAACAAGAGCAUGACUCGUUCGAUUUUGUUAAGGAGGCCUACCUCAAAUAA